AUGAAGGAACCGACGACAAAUGCGAGUGUCAGCGAACCACUGAUGGAGAAAAUCUUGACAGAUGUCACGCUUCAUCCGAAGAUACUAAAGGAGAAUGAUGGAACAGAGUCCCGUGAUAAAAGCGCCACAAGUUGUGGCAUUUUCGGAUUUCAUCCUGUAUGUCUUCAACGUUUUUCAACAAUUAAUACCUAUUACGUGCUCCACUUGUUGACGGUUCUGACGUUUUCAUUCGGCAUGAGCGUGACGAUCGUGAGCAUCACUGGCCUUCAGAAACGCUAUGGACUAUCCAGCGGGUUCAUGGGAUUGUACAACAUGUUGCGGGAUAUUGUAGACAUCGUGUCUGUUGUCGUCGUGACAUAUUUCGGGGGCCGUCCCAAUAGCCACAGACCGAGGUGGGUGGCGGCCGGGCUGUUCGUGUGUGCCUUUGGAUUUCUUGUGAAAUCGGCAACGCAGUUUGUCUCCCCUCCUUACGACUACGAACAACUACGCUUCCAAAAAGACGAAGCUGGUUCCAGCGAAUUGUGUAGUAGCGCAAAUUUUAACUACUCACACAAUUUAUACGACGACGCCAGAUGUAAAGACGUCAGUUCGCAUGGUUCGGUCGUUCCUAUUGGAUCGGAGGCAGUCAUAUUAUUAUUGAUCAGCAAUGCUAUCAUUGGAGUGGGAAAUACCCCAAUCUUCACAUUAGGGAUUGCCCAUAUUGACGACAAUGUUAGCAAAAAAAGGUCACCUUUGUACAUGGGUGUAUUCUUUGCAACCUUCUGCAUCGGUCCAGUAAUUGGCAUGCCGAUGGCUUCGUACUUUACAAAUUUAUACGUCGACUUUUAUCGAGUAGAGAACGUUGCCAUUGACCCCAGUGACCCACGAUGGGUUGGAGCAUGGUGGCUCGGUUACAUCGUGAUUGCUUUGAUGAUGACUGUCAUAUCCUGCAUGUUACUGCUUGUACCCAAACGACCAUCAAACACAAAUUGUGGAAUCAAGAAAGACCCACCAAAGACAGAAAAAGCAAGUCAUGGUAAAAAAUUAAAAGACUAUUCCCGAACGUUAGUGCGACUGAUUUGCAAUAUGACGUUAGUAUGUAUUAUCCUAGCCAGGACUUCAAUUUACGCCUUCUACGGCGGUGUGGCAAUGUUCUAUGGAAAGUAUAUAGAAGAGCAAUUCCGAGUGACAACUGCUCUGUCCGGUAUUCUGAUGGCCGGGUGCCUUAUUGCCCCUGCUUGUUUUGGAUUUCUUGUGUUUGGCUCAGUUCUACGCCGCUGGAAUCCAACUAUAAUUCAAAUGGCGAAAUUAGUGGUAGCACUAGCCAUAGGGACCUCAAUUGUACCAGUGUUGCUGCUGAAACUUGGUUGCGACCCCGAACAGUUUGCUGGAGUUACUACUUCUCAUCAUCAUAGCCCAUUCUUCGCGCCAGACGACACUUCAAUCAAUCAACUGAAAACAUCAUGCAACUCUCAAUGCGCAUGCUCAGCUAACUAUGACCCAGUGUGUGCAUCGGACAAUAUAACUUAUUAUUCUCCUUGUUAUGCUGGGUGCACACAGGCUUCUGGAAACAAGACAUUCACUGAGUGUCAGUGCGCACUUGAAGAUCACAACUGGGACAAUGCUACCUUCAUCGUAGAGGGCGUAGCGACCAGUGGGAUGUGUGGCGAGCCUUGUCAAAAUAUGUUGAUAGCCUUUAUCACCCUUAACGCGAGUAUGAGUCUCAUGAUGUCUGGCAUCAUGGUAACCGAGAUGAUGAUCAUCUUAAGAAACAUGGAUGCACUGUGUGAACGGAUUAGACAUUACCCUAAAAUUAUCGUUAACUGUAAAACAUUAUGGGCUGUCCUGACAAGACCACCUUUUAUCGUAGGACAAUGCGGCCUCGCAAUUCAAAAGUACCAGGCGGAGAUGGAAAUUACGGAGAACAACAUAGAUGGUGGCAAUAGACGGAUUGGAAAAGAGCAGCUCAUCAACGAGAAUGGAAACGAGAAGAAAGAAUCGGACGACGACAUCAAAGUUAUUGAUCCUGAUAUGAUGUGCGGUAUUGGAAGAUGGCAACCCAAAUUCCUCCAGUGUUUUGCAAAUAUAAAGUGUGUCUUCUUCCUCUUCUGUACCGCAAAUUUUCUCUUCAGCUUCAGUUUCAGCGUCUUCAUAUCCACCAUAACAAGUAUCCAGAAGCGUUACGCGCUUCCGAGUUUGUUCUUCGGUCUAAAUGCGACUCUUUUUGAUAGCGCGACUUUACUAAGCGUCCUGUUCGUUGCGUACUUGGGAGGCAGACCCGGAAGCCAUCGCCCGCGUUGGGUUGGUAUAGGAUUAGUGCUCGGGGCGAUAAGCUUAUCGUCUAUUUCUUUGAACCAUUUCAUGUCGUCGCCAUAUGAAUACGGUAAAGUGGAUUUAAAAUCAAAUAUAACUACACUGUGUUCCGAAGAGUAUGACUACAUGAAAGUAAACCGUAGCUUAACGGAUUGCUCGUCGGACAGCGCACGCGCGGCAGAGUCGGAUAGUGUAAGGAUGGCAGUUAUGAUGCUAUUAGGGCAUACAUUGGCAGGAAUAUGCUACACUCCGUUAGUUGUAUUAACACCUACAUACUUAGACGAUUUCAUUGGUAAAAAGAAAUCACCACUAUAUUUAGGUAUAUUCUACGCUAUGUAUUCUCUUGGACCAGUCGUUGGAUUCCCCUUCUCCUCUAUCUUCGUCAGCAUAUAUGUGGAUGUGGGUCGGGUUGACUUGACAACCGUGGAUUUAACUCCAGACGACGCGCGAUGGGUCGGCGCUUGGUGGUUGGGGUUCAUCGUGGAAGGGAUUUUGACGUUGAUGGUUGCCAUUCCGUUGUUAUUUGCACCAAAGAAACUGGCGCUGUCAAAAGAUAAAUUGAAUGAUGUGAUGCAGGAGAGAAAACACGAAAUAUCGCUGAAAAACAACGAUGGGGAUGACGAUGAAAACGCUGCGGGCCAAGAAGCGUUGAAACGAAUCAAAGAAUUUCCAAAAGCUCUUGGUCGGUUAUUCACAAACUUGUCCCUCAUUUCUAUCGCAAUCGCUUACGGACUAGAGGUUGCCAUUAUCUCAGGAUUGGUGACUUUCGCCACUAAAUACACAGAGGUACAAUUUCGCAUUUCUGCUACAAUGAGCGCUAAUAUAACCGGUGUUGGUCUCGUUAUAUCUUCUACCAUUGGUACAUUGCUUGGUGGAUACUUCCUAAGACGUUUCAAACCCGACCUGGUAACAACUGUCAAAUAUGUUGUUAUUAUUGCUAUAUUAAACGUAUUUCUACCGAUACCAUUGUUGUUCUUGGGAUGUAAUAAUGAAGAGUUUGCUGGGGUAACCAUUCCAUACCAAGAGAGAAACAUCGUCACUGUCAAUGACACAUGGGAAAGUGAAGACUUGUGGCCUGACUCUCCACUGGUGUCACCGUGUAACAUAUAUUGCGACUGCACAGAUAGUAGGUACGAUCCGGUGUGUGGCAGUGACGGUAUUACAUACUUUUCCUCGUGCUUUGCAGGCUGCACUGAAACAGCCACACAUAAGAACUUUAGUUCGUGUUCAUGUAUAAACCCUGGAACCUCAGUAUUAUCUGAACAGACAGCCCAGAUUGGCAUAUGUGGAUGGCAGUGUACAUCUAUGUUGAUCCUUUUCACAGUCGUCAUCUUUAUCGAGAGUCUCAUCGCUUCACUACCACUAACUGCUUUUGUGAUUAUAACAUUUCGUUGUGUUGCUCCCGCUGAUAAACCGUUUGCCCUUGGGAUUCGUCAACUGUUUGCUCAAGUACUCGGAUGGGUACCAACGCCUAUUUAUAUGGGCAUUAUCAUCGACUCGACCUGCUUGUUAUGGAGCCAAAGUCAGUGCAGCGAAUUCAGCACUUGUUGGCAAUACGAUCUCUUUGAUUAUCGUUAUAAGCUAUUCACCUUUCAAAUAGUUCUCAAGAUAUUAGCUCUUCUUAUGUACACCAUAUGUUGGCAGUCGCUAAAACGAAAAGAAGAGAAAGGUACGCUCCUUGAAAUUAGGGAUGUGAAUCUGAACUUGAACACUGACAAUGCGGAAGUUGUCUACUUAUAA